AUGAGUAGUCCCGCAUUAGAGGACACUGACCCUCCCAGUCCGGAGCCAGUUGCCCCUUCCAGUCCGGAGCCAGUUGCCCCUUCCAGUCCGGAGCCAGUUGCCCCUUCCAGUCCGGAACCAGUUGCCCGACCCCCCAGCCAAGCUUCCGACAGACCCUGGCCUCUGUUCGAUGAUGACGAGGACGCUCCUUUCAUACCACAACCGAACAUAAGAGAGUUCAAUGCCAUCGUAACAAGAGCUCGGCACCACUUACGACACCCUGUGGAACAGAGCGAGGACAGUAAUACAGCUUCCUCAGUCAGCGAGGAGUCCAACCACUCCCUACCAGCUCUAGCGUGGAAUAACAAUGACCAAGUUGAACCGGAGGAACCACCAGCUAAAGUGAGAAAACUACACAGUCCACACGAAGAGAUUGAUGGAGAAACAUGCCCAAUUUGUUUAGAUAUAUGGGGUAACUCUGGCGCACACAGACUAGUUGCUUUAAAGUGUGGACAUCUCUUCGGAGCUGAGUGUGUAGAGAGAUGGCUCAAGGCACAGCCCGCUAAGGACAAAACCUGCCCAACAUGCAAAAGUAAAGCGUCGCUCAAAGACCUAAGGUUCAUUUACGCAAGGAAGCUCAUAGCCGCUGACACAACACAGAUCACUAGCUUGCAGAAACAGGUGGAUAUACUCCAAACUGAGAAGAGCAGGACAGAAUUGGAACUGCAGAAGACUAAAAUAGCCCAUCGCGCCUGUGCAGCAGAAUUAGAGACUUUGAAGAACUCUUUACUGAAGUCUCAAAGUAUGAAAGAACUUAUUAGUAAACGCACUUGGCGAUAUGCUCUUGAAAAGAACUUGGAGGUAUGCAAGGAUGGCGGCUGUAGAGUUCUUACGUAUAACUGUCGGACUUACGAGCUGUACGUGUCACAGAAGAGUAUCAACUACCUGUUCCCUGGGUAUGGAAUCAGGAAGGUUAAUUGCCUGGAUUAUUCUUUAGGGCAGUUUGUGCAUUUACAUCCUAAACCUAUUAGGGAUAUGUCGUAUUCUCAGCCGAGAGAUUUACUUCUCAGCGUAGGCUUGGAUAGUACUGCGCGGAUUGUUGACAGAGGCAUUCCUAGUGCGACGGUAAACACAGGAUUCCCAUUAUGGUCGUGUGCGUGGGACUGUUCAAACACAAGCGAGUUCUACGUGGGUGGUGUGGGCGGGAUAGUCAACUUGUACGACUUCAGAAAUAUGUCGUCCUGCCUCGGCACCAUAGCGUCUAAUAAGGACAUGUCGCCCGUAGUGUCUCUAUGUUCUACUCCAUACGGCCUAUUAUCGUGCCAACUAAACAAGUGUUGGCUCUGUAUACCACGAGACGGGAUUUGGAAACAGAAGGCGAUGCCUGUCGAAGGAUCGUUCAUGUCUAUGAGUUAUGAUAACGAGACGCAAAGAGCCUUAGUUUCAGUACGACCGAGCGCGUUAGGCACAGAGCGAUCCAAACUAGUAGUUUGCAAAUUUUCUGAAGGAUUGACUGAUAAAGUUAUGAUCGAUGUGGAGGAGACGUUUAGUGGGUCUGCGAGAGCGUCUUUAAUGUCAAGGUCUACUUUCUGUAAGGCUCCAGGAGCUUCUUGGGUAGCAGCUCAUUCCGAGAGCGAAUCAGCACUGUUUUUGCAUGGACUAGAUGGAGCCAGGACCAUGUCCCUCCCAGCUGCAGAACCAGCACUAGACGUAUGCUCAUUAUAUCUGAAUGGGAACAGUAUACUAGCAGCUUUAUCAGAAUCCCGGUUAAGAAUGUACAGAGCUGUCCAGACCAGUGUCUAA